AUGCAUGAGAAUCCGUCGAAUGUGUGGUAUCUUGAAAAAGACGAGGAAUAUGAUGUUUAUCUCUUCUGGCCGUCACGCCGACGUCAAGAGUCCGCCUUCGCGACAAACGAGAACAGUAUUUAUGGACCCGUGGCGCCGUCCUUUGGCUAUGAUGACUAUUUUGAUGGAUUGUCUUCCCUUCCUUCGUCACCACUCUCGUUCAACGAACCGUCCGACUUCCGUUUCCCCAACGUCGCAGACAGCAGCCAGCCCGAGACCCAGCCCGAGACCCAGCCCGAGACCCAGCCAACGCCGCUGCCCACGACCAGGUAUAGCAAGCUCGUCACAAUGGGUCUGUUUUCUCACUUAAUACUGACGCGGGAAUUUUUGAUCGGGGCUGCGACAGCAGGUCAGCCAUCGCGUCGAUCGCGCCUGGGAUAG